AUGCUACAAACGGGGCUGUCGGAACGGCAGACGGCUCUGAUGUUCCGGCAGCUGGUAAAGGCUGUGGAGCACUGCCACUCGCGGCAGGUGAUUCACCGUGACAUCAAACUGGAAAACGUUCUGCUCAACCACUGCUGUUGCUGCAAAUGCAAGCCUGCUGGCUCAGACGGAGGAGCACAGGAGAAUGGAAACCAGCAGCAGCAGCAGCAAGGCGAGCCGUCUACCUGUUCGGGUUACGUCGUUAAGCUCGCGGAUUUCGGCCUGGCGAAGCUGCUGCAGCCAACACAAGCCAUGGCGAACGGCAACAAGGGCAGUCAGCUGUACAAGGCACCUGAGGUGGCGCAGAGCCGGUGGUAUACCACCCAGGCGGACAUGUGGUCUCUCGGCGUGGUGCUGUACGCUUUGCUAAGUGCGAGGUUUCCGCCGAGGGAUGCCCAGGGGAUGGUGGCGUGGGAAGCGGUUUCGGAUCAGAGGUUGUUGUUUAAAGGGGGGAGCUGGAAGGAGGUGAGUGAGGAGGCGAAGGCGCUAGUGGGUGUGCUGCUGUCUUGGGAUCCAAAGGGGAGGUUGGAUUGUGGCGAGAGCUCUGAGAAGCUCAGCCUGAGCUUCGGGGCAGAAGGCAGAUGCGCUGCGGCGAGCGCAGGGCAGGCAGAAGCGCUGCGAGAAGAAGAAGCUGCAGGCAGGCGAGCAGCACACAGGGGCGCGGCAGAGGGGAGAGAGGAGAGAGAGGAGGGAGAGGAGAGAGAGGAGGGAGAGGAAAGAGAGGAGAGAGAGGAGAAAGGGGACAGAGGAGGCAGACUUUCUCUUACCUCUUUGAAUACCCGCUCCUUUAUUCGUCAAGCUUUCGUGCCAAGCGCUUUGAGCAGCUCUGCCUGA